AAGAAGCAGGAGCCUUUGGCCACUUAGCUCGUGCACAUUACCCCGCUGUUUACAAACAACUAUCUCGCUGUCUGUGUGUUAGCAUAGCUAAUUCUGCUGGGGAUAACAAAAAAAGGCAGAGCAUGGAAAUUGAAAACACUCAACCGUAUUUCUUAGGAGACAUCGGCUGCUGGUCAGAGAGAACAGAGGUGCACAAGGCAGCCUCCCUCGGCCAGGCCACCCAGUUGCAGCAUCUCAUACAGAGUGGAGCUUCAGUCAAUGUCGUGGCAGUCGACUCCAUCACACCGCUGCACGAGGCCUGUGUCCGUGGACAGGCCCAGUGUGUCCGGCUGCUGCUGGAUGCUGGAGCCCAGGUGGAUGCGAGGAACGUAGACGGCAGUACCCCGCUGUGUGAUGCCUGCUCAGCUGGUAGUUUGGAGUGUGUGAGGCUCUUGCUGGAACACGGUGCCAAGGCCAACCCUGCCCUCACCUCUCGCACGGCCUCACCUCUCCAUGAGGCCUGCAUGGGAGGUAACUCAGACUGUGUAAAGCUGCUUAUUGCCAUGGGUGCUUGUCUGGAGGCAUAUGACCUUUACUAUGGGACCCCACUGCACGUGGCUUGUGCUAAUGAACACGUAGACUGUGUUAAAGUGCUGCUCAAUGCCGGUGCCAAAGUGAAUGCAGCCAGGCUACACGAAACUCCGUUGCACCAUGCUGCUAAAAACAUGCGAGUGGAAAUGAUAGAGACGCUGGUGGAGUUUGGGGCCAACAUCUACGCCAGAGAUCAGCACAACAAGAAGCCUGUGGACCACACCACGCCGGGCUCGCCCUCUGCAGCCUGCUUACAAUUUUAUGAGACUACUCCCAUGAGUCUGCAGCAGCUCAGCAGACUGGCAGUGAGGAGGAGGCUAGGCACCAGAGCUCUGAAGGUCAUAGAUCAGCUGGACAUACCAAAACUCAUCAUCAGCUACCUCUGCUAUCAGUGAGAGUGAUACCUGGAGGAGGAGAUGGACCGAUGGUUAUAGAAAGACUGGAAAUUCACAGAGCCGCCGCACCAUUCACAGACAGAACAGUAGACAUAAAGGUUAGUGACAAGCACAGUGAUCUCACAUACUUCUUUUCAAAAUGUGUUUCAAGACUAAAGUACUCCUGUAGACACAGAGAGGUGGAAGAAGGUCCCUGCCCUCCCUUUCAGUCAUCUGCAAAUAUCAUAAAGUCAUAAAACACAGCAAGCUAGGAUCGGUGGGGGUCUGAUGUGUAAUCUGCUGGGUUUCUUGUCUAAAUCAUGGCAGGAAUUCAUGACUGUAGUCAUUCAAUCUGACACAGUGACCAGUGUCGUCUGGUGCCAACGUUAGUAUGACUUUGUUCUGGGUUCUGAUUGUGUGCAUGAACAAAAAGAUAACAAACCAAACCACAUGCAAAGUGGUGUUUAUACUGGUGGAAAACAAAUGCAUUUUUGGCACUAUACUGAAUGUCUUUCAUGGAAUACUGCAAGUAACAACUCACAUUUUAAUUCUUUGGAUAUAUAUAGCACAAAUAAGUUACAACAACUGUGUAAUCACUAUUACCUAAUGCGUUCAUUGAUUGUUAUUAUUGUACAUGUAGAUAUAGUAGUUGGAUAUGGAGACUUACAGUGACCUGUCAAUACUUAAGAAAUCCAAAAUGUCUUCUAAACAGCAGCUUCUGUUUGAAAAAGCUGCCCUCUCCUCUGCUCCCUUUGGUUUCCUUCUCUUCUUUAAACCUGAGCUUGCUGUGUGACUGUUGCUUUUUUUAGCUAGUUUAGUUGUUGGCAAUGGAGCCAAGAGCAUGCAAUCUUAAAUAUAAAUCGAAGCUAUAAAAGUCUUAAAUAGCAUUGAAUAAUAUUUGCCAUUUAGAUAAAUAGAAACAGAACGAGUGCCACUAGAGAGGAGUGUGCUUCCAAUAUUAGAGAUGUUUAUAGAUGGGUAUUUAUUUAACUAGAGAACACAUGAGCUCAGGGAGAGGGAAAAGAGAAAUGGCAUUGUUUUUGGCAACAGAGGUAACAUCAGUUCAGUCAGGAGAGACCAACAGAGACACAUGCUUAAAGAGUAGUUUAAUUAAUCUGUUUGAUUUGGUAAGCACAGUAGACAACAAAGGUUGUGGGGUCAGAUCCAGGACUUUCGAGGAAAAUGAAAGCAAGUCAGUAAACUCUCAGGUUUGCAGUCAAUACUGAGUAGCAGUUCAAGUAUGAAGUAAGACACUGCGCGUGUGCUCAGCCAGCGUUCCCCGGAAAAGUCAAAGCAAAAAUGAAAACCAUGUAGUAUCUAGAGGAACACCAAGCAGUGAUGUCACAGCAGCGCUCAGAGUGAAGUACUCCAGAUGCCGCUUCACUUCACCUCAGAUUCUUGAGAUUCAAACCCCAAGCAUGGCGACGGCCACUGUUUGAUACAGACACUGAAGUUUCAAGGAGACAGUAUCCUGGCUGCCUAUUUGUAGCUUUGUGUUAGUUGCUCCAUUAAAUCUUCUUAUGGAUACAGCCUAGAGAGCUUAGUCCUUGGUAUUUGUAGAAGGAGAUACAGGAAGUCGUCUCUGAAUUCCCCACAGUGCUUUAUAUUGAUUUACUGGCUUUCUUCUAAGUUGACAUGACCUGUUUUAGAGGUUUCAUAACUUCAGUUUAUCCAUGGAGGUUGAAUCAGACCAAACACACACUUCAUGAUUUGACAAGCAGAACACUGGAUAGAGAUAGGUUAAGUAUACAGGGUAGCACGUUGCAAGAGGCUGAUACACACUUCAGUAUUUGAGAGAUGUUAGAACAGUAUAUUGGCUGACUUUUUUUAAGAUCAACUCAUAACAUCUACACCUCGGAUGAUGUUUACUUAAACUUGGUUGUAAUAGAAUGGUAACCAAAAUACGUACUGAGCAGGAUAUUUUGCAGUUGAAAAAUACUUAAUAAUGCAGGCACUGACUCUAAACUACCUCAAACAUAGUUUUGUCAUUUCUGUACUGCAUACCUAUAUGCCAAUACUGACAUAUGUGCAGUAAGCUAAUAUCACCCUGGUUGAACAUUUGUUUAUGAAUUUAUGUCAUAUUUUUGACAGGGUACAUGGGUGGCGUAGGGGAAGCUGGGAUAUCCAGUAGUGGUACUGCAGUGGUCUUGCAUUCCUACAAACACUAAAGUCCAUGUUUGUGCAACCUCGUUGCCAGACAUGACUGUAGGUACUGAGUGAUUCUGUAAAACCCUGGAUUUUGCUCAGCAAUGUUUUUUAUGUCCAUUACCAACAUUUAAAAUUUCUCUAUUUCUAUGUGCACAUGGCAACUACAGUGUGGGUAGAGUUAGGUACAAUUUAUGGAAAGUCAGAGUUGCCAUGUGCUCCCUCAUUGGAUAGCUGAUAGUAAAGGGAUGAGAGCUCCUGGUCAGUGUCUUCAACCUGAGGGAAGAACUGAAAUCACUGGGAAACAGUGUCCCAGCCAAUCUUAUGUUGUGCUUCAAGACGUUUCAAAGUAAUAUAAAGUGACUGUCACGUACUAAAUGGGAUGAAACAUGCAUAACACUGAUGUAGUCCUUAAAAAGCAUGCAGCAGAAUAGAAGCAAGCAAGUGCUGUGUCUACAAAAAGCUGAACUCUGUUGAACUCAACAUGUUUUUUUUCUCUCUUGCCCUUCUUUCCCAUUUGUUAUAUAGUAUUAAACCCAGUCCACGUGCAGUUUACUGACAUCACCCUCCAGGAUUUUUAGGUGUCUAAACUCACAAUUUACAAACCUCUCGUUUUCUAUGUGGACCUGCCAGCGGGCAGUUUACCUCGCUUAACUUUUAAGAGCGAGAGGCCAUCUGUCAGCUCUCCUAGAGGUGUGCACCUGUGUGUUUACUGUUUACUGACAGAUUUUUGCAAAGCAUUCAAAAGCAAUAUUUCAUGCUCGUGGAACUGCAUCCAAAUCUCUCAGUUCGCUCCCCGCAUUUGGCUCUCUCCCUAAACGUGCCCGGGCUGCACGAUGCUGGCCUGAGUAUGCAGCCCGUCUGCUGCACACCAUAAACAUGUCAAAUUGUUGAAGCUCGUUUGAUCAGUGAGUUUUGAAAAGAAGCAAAUUCCUAUAAACUAAUCUUCCAUCAUUACAAGUUAUUUGGAUUAGUUUUUAAUUCCCUACAAAAAAAGCACUGUGGUUCAUUAUAGUCUUAGUCUGUAAAUAAUAUUGGAGCACAGAUCUCUCCCUCUUUAUGUGGAGUGUUCUUUAUAAGACCAUUUUUAGAAUAUUUGACCCUGAUACAGAUGGGGCUCGUACUUAUGGCUUAAAAUAACCACUACAAAACAUGCUUGGUUUCAAAGCACUUAAAGUCUACAGAAGGGACUGGAAAAAGUAAAGAGGAGGGCAGGCAUGCAUGGCACGUCCAGUUAUCUAAGAUGAAAAAUGGCUCCUGCUCCAAAAUAGGAAUGUUGAACUUCAGGUUGAACAACAACAGAGUGGUUGGUUUGUUAGGAAACUUUUCUCCCAGUUCGUCAGAUUAAACAGCGCUGGCAGAUCGCUCGGUUUGAAAGUGUUCUUAUUAAAGUGAAUAAAGUCAGGUUUAAUCCGCACCGAUGCUCAGAACGCACUGAUUCAUCUGUUUAAGGUGCUAUGAGAAACUGCUGAAUCUUAAUAAACUGUACAAGUGUUGAUUUAUUGAAUAAAUGACAUUGUUGACCUGUU